AUGCAGUCGCUUGUUAGCAGUAGCUGGUCAACGACACCUCGAAUGCUGGGAACAGUACGUGACCGACCGUCUGCAACUCCCUAUAUGAAUGAGCUAGCCGGUCUUCCGACCGAGCUAUUAUUAUCAACAACCGACUUCCUCCCCGUGGAUGAUUGGAUUUGCCUAUCGCUCUGCAACCGCCGACUCUUCGCCAUAUACCACCGUCGAUAUAAUUCCACCAAGCUGUCAAGAGAGAUGAGACUGUCUGUUUUGGGCCGACUGGAACGAGAUCGACCGCAAUAUUUCAUCUGUUAUACUUGCUUGAUUCUUCACAAGUAUGACGGCUCCGAGUUCUUUGGUCUUUCGGGUCCAUCCACCCACCAAAGCUGUCCUCUCCCAUGCUUCUCUGAUAUCCCUGUUGGAUUGACAUUGCGCAGAGAAUAUGACUAUCCCUUCCGUGUCCUCCGCACUUUUCAAUUCCUAGAUAUCCAGCUGGUCAUGCGAAGAUUCUAUCUAGGAGAUCCGUUUGGAACCAGCAUUGAAGCGUUAUCUUAUACCCAGGUCAGGGUUCAACCUGAAAUCUCCCCGUGCCCUGAGAUUACCUCUAUCUUUUCCACCGACGCACAGAUCUGUUCAGAGCAACCAGCUCUUUAUUUCAGAAUACAGCAGGUGAUGGUUGCUCCUAUUAGCAAAUCGCAACUACUGCUUUAUAUAUCUAGUGAUACCUAUGACCUGGGACCUCAACAGGACAUGUUUAUUUGCAUGCACAUGCAAUUUCAUCGCGAGGACAAAGCUGUGAAUCCCGUGGUGCUCGCCUAUCACAACGGAGAGAAAAACCCCGGUUCCAAUUUCAACUGUCACUAUUGCAAUACAGAUGCCCGCAUUGAAAUCCGUGAGCAUGGUUCUUAUGUGGCCCUGAUCCUUACCACAUGGAUUAAUCUUGGCUCUGGUUUAACGCCCGAUGAUCGCCGAUGGAAGAUUCAUAGUCAUGGUAAUCUCUUAAUGAGAUGCAAUUCAACUGAACUCAAGGACACUCCACGGGUCUCUUUUGAGAAUGCGUCGCCGUUGUCGUUGGAGGCAUUGCUAUUGAGAAACCUUUCCUACAUCAAGGACAAGCGAUACAGGCAAAUUAUGCAACCACUUUCUCGACAUCACUGGAACGGCCGGGGCGUAUGGUACUUGCCCAGUAUACCCAGUUCGCCUAGUUCGUCCAGUAUACCCAGCUCGCCUAGUUCGCCCAGUAUACCCAGUUCGCCUAGUUCGCCCAGUAUACCCAGUUCGCCUAGUUCGUCCAGUAUACCCAGUAUACCCAGUUCGCCCAGUAUACCCAGUUUGCCUAGUUCGCCCAGUUUACCAAGUGAACCUGAGGAGAUAUCGUCGAGGGCCAGCUGCUGGAGCCAGCUUCUUUGGUUCUUACCUACUUAG